AUCCGUCCACGUAAUCUCUCUAACAAUUCUUAAUUAGUUAAAGCAAAACGUCAAAAGGAGCAUUUUGGGAAGAACACAAGGAAGCACCCAUGAACUAUCACGGAAAUUGAUGGAAAAACACAAAGUCGAACAUGAAGACAAACUCAAACAUCGUUUUUCCCUUUGCCUCCACCUCCUCUAUAUAAGACCAAACCAACUUUCCCACAUUCUAAGAUGCAAAAUGGAAAACCUAAGACGACAUUUCCGCAAGAAAAAAGACAGCUACAGUGUGAUUGGCCGCGUGAAGCGCAAUGGCCACUGCAAGAAGCACCCCAAACACAACCAAUCACCCGGUGUCUGUUCUCUUUGCUUGAGGGAAAAGCUUGCUCAGUUAUCUUCUUAUAACGCACGUCCAACACCCUCUUCUAUUGGUUCUUCAGCUUCUUCUUCUUCUUCUCUUUCUUCUUAUUCCUCAUCCUAUUACUCCUCAGCUUCUUCUUCUUCCAAUGCUUCUCCAAUGCAUUGCUUCUGUUUCGCUGGGGAGGCAAAGAGUAGCUCUUCUUCGCUUUCUAUCUUUCUUCUCAGUGGUAACCAUGGAAUGGUAAAGGGUAAGUGUAGCGCAUUGGAUAUUGUUCAAAGAAGAGAUUCUGAAGGUGGUGUCUAUGAUGAUCAUAGGAGUGCCUGCAAAAGUGGAUUUUGGUUCAAGUUGCUUAACUGUAAUAGCAAAAGAAUGAAGAAAUAUGACAGGGAGGAUAAUGAUAAACUCGUUCGUUCUGUGUCUAUAAAAGUAUAAAAUAUAAUUGCUUGAUUUGUUUUUUAGAUAGAUUAAUUGAUCUGUGUUGUUGUUUUAGUUUUUUAUUUUCCACUGUUCAAGUUUCAUGGUGGAUCUUAGUGUUUGACUGCUAGCUAGGUCUUAUUGUAGUUAUUUCCAUUUAUUUUUUGCGAAACAGGAAGGACAAUUUAGAUCCAGCAUUAUAGAA